AUGGGUGUUGCACCAAGCCGUGAGACGAUCCGGCGAGGCUUUUUCAAUGUGAAUCAGGCAAACUCGUCGGCUGCCGGCAGCGGCAGCGGGGGUGGGGGUGGCAGCAGCAAGCGCCAAGACAUCAUCCUCAUCCCUCUCACAAAGGAGUACUUCCCAAGUCCCGACUGUCCGCUGUUCGUGCAGUUCCACAAGGCGCGCUGCGAUGCCGCGGUGAACUACUACUUCCGACGGCCCGGCAAUCCGGGGGACCUGAGACGUAUUCCCAACUACGCGAGCUCCUACCGAUUACCGGGAGAGGAAACGCGCGCUCAGCGGCGCCGCCGUCGUCAGCAGGAGCGGGAAGCACGCGCCACCGCUGCUGCUGCGGAGUCGGCCACAGAGAGCGGCGUAGACGCCGAUCCGCACGCUGCCAGACUAAUGCCGGAAGGGGGCCACAGCAGCAGUGAGGAGGACGACGAUGACGACGAGGAUGACUCGUACCCCUCACGUGAAGCCCUCUACCGCGGCGUCAUUGAGCACGUGGAGGAGAUGCUCUUCGACACAGACGCGGAGAUGCGGCAAGCCUAUGAGUGGGCGCUCGCGCAUCCGCACACUACCAUGGGGCCCGAUGGCAAGAAGCAGCGGAAGGUGCUGCCCGUCCUAUGCGCUGUGGCGUUCCGGUCAGACAUCAGCAAGGUGCUCAACCUGCACAACGCUGUCCCUGGUGGUGCUGCAGCGCGAACGGCAACUUCUGUGUCCUCUGCUUCCCCGCCGUCGCCAUCCUACUCCGGGAGUGGCACCUCCACGGCCAUGAACAAUAUGCAGGCUGCACUAGAGAACGGUGUGUACAUGUUUGGUUCUAUCAUCAACAUUGUCGGCUGCUUCGGCUUUGCCUCCAUGCAGGAGGACGUGGAGGAUGCACAGCGAGUGACGACGCAGGCCUCGGCCAUGGCGAACCAGGCAACCAGCCUGCUCACCCCAGGCUCCAGGCAGUCGCCCUCGCUGACAGCAGGGGGAACGUAUCACAAUGACCCGUACUCCUUCACCAGUAGUCAGGCGAGCAGUGGCGGAAUGAAGGCGACGUCGCCGAUGACCAGCAGUGGAACGCUUCUGAGGACGCGCGGGACCGGUAUGAAAGGUGGCAGCUAUCUCGCCCGCAUCGGCACCCCCGAGAAUGUCAUGACGCUGCCGCCUCCGGUGGCCGCCCCACUAGCGGCCAUGGUGUUCCUCACCAAAUCUGCCGGCGAACAGAACCUUGGACGCGUGACGUACAUUGCCGCUAGCACCUACUACUACCAGAUGAUACAGGCAGGGGUGAUCGAGCGUCAGCCCAGUGCUCGAAUGGAGGGCCCCAUCGCCUAUCAGAGCCCGGCCGCAGGCUCGGCACCCCCUCUGCCCCCCUACGGCAGUGGCGCCAACAGUGCUGCACACGUGCCUGCAGCAGAUGCACCGCCGCCGAUGUAUGGUGCUACCGCUGGCUUCGGCUCCUCUGCUUCGCCUGCCACGCCUCGGACGCUGUCCGCCGUCGCACAGGGAGCACCGCGGCCAUUCCUGCCGCCGAUGGAGACGUUCAGCUUCUCGAGCCUUCUCACCAACAUUCCGAUUCUAUCGUUCCUCUACGAAAUGAAGUGGCGCUGGGGCUACCUCGGCGUGCUCAAGGGCGGCACCCCAACGACCGGCCUGAGCUGCAACAGCAGCUUCAGUGGGACCUUGUCGAGUCAACACAUGGACAGCAUGACGGCUCGCGGCCCGGGCACCAUGAUGGGUAACCACAGCACCGGCGGCUUGUCUGCUGUUGACCGCAGCGUGGGCCAGGGCGUCACGGACGAGAUGGAGAUGUGGAUCACAGCGGACCAGAUGAUCCACGGCCGCAUCUCGAAGGACCUGGCGCAGCGUCUGUGCUGGUCCCUCGCGGAGCGUCCGGAGGUGAUGCAGGAGCGCGUGACGCAGCUGCCGAGUGAGGAGAGCGGGUACUGGCGGUACCGCGGGUUGGUGGAUCAGUCGCACCCGCCACCGGUUCCAGAGCCGGGCCGUGUGGUGACGAUUCACCCGAAAGACGUCUACGUCAUGGGCAGCGAUGUCCUGCCGGGCUUCAACGAGGGUGACAUUUUGCGCUUCGACCCAGGCUGCCUUGUGUGGUUCGCAGACCACUCGAUCCCCCUCGAGGGUGUCGUGCUGGCGGCGAUGCGACCAUACUGCAAGCAGGCACGCGAGGCGGACUCCGACGACCCGGCUUGGGUGACGCGGCUGUGCGACCGUGACGAGCUCGAGGCUCUGCACAGCGGCGAUGGAGAUGUCUGUUACCCACCCCCGCCCGCGAGUGCAGAGGAGCUGGGAGUGCUGGAGUCGUGCCCGAACAUGGUGCACAUCCAUGAACACAUUGGAAACUUCUACGUCUACCGGUUUGAGCGGGAUGGCACUACUUACUACCACGGAACAGUGCCGAACUUUGCAAACCCGAACAAGAAGAAGCAAGCCGCCCCUGGCGGCUCACUGGGCGCCUCCAUGUCAGGGUCCCACAAUGAUGCCAACGCCCCGCCAUCCACUGCAACGGUGGCGACCUCUCCUUACGCGUCCUCGAUGGCACGGCCGCCACCGACCUUGUCUGCCUCGACGACCGCUGCCAGCGCAAGCAAGCCGGCAAGCGUGCCAGUGCCCAAGACGAUUGCCAGCGCCUUGUUCUCACUGCUGCCAGCGUCACGCGCAACGGCGCAGAAGGGCAGCACCGGGACUAGCGAUGCCAGUGGUAGUGCGGUGGCGAGAGGGGGAGUCGGGGAGCGCGGCGGGCAAGCCUCUUCACAGACUGGCGCAGGCAACACGUCGGCAGCCCCAACGGCUGCGUACCUUGCCACGCCAGUGGUGUCAUCAGCUUCGUCGGAGGCCAUGAGAACUGCGCGGAGGUGGGUGCAAGCAAUAUACAGCUAUGCCUACGGUGUGCAGAACGUGCAGGCGACGCGUCGCGGCUCCAGCGCAGCAAACCUGGCUGGCGCUGCUGCAGGGCCAUCGCGUCCGCCAGUCCUGGGCGGAGUACCGACGCCCGGCGCUGCCGGAAUGAGCCACAGCGGUGGCAGCUACCCGUCGACACCGGUGCGCGGCUCGUGUGGGAUGACGCCGACCUCGAUUGGAGCGUCCGCUGGCUUCCCAAAUGUAGUUGCCGUCGAUGUAGCUGUGUGGCCGCCGCAACGGCGCAUGACCGCUGUCACAACACCGGUGUUAUGCCCGGCGGCUAGUAAUAACUCUUUCGCAACUCCUAGCACGCCAACACUUACUGCAGGCAACGGCCCAGCGGUGACCCGACAUUCCCGCUCUUCCUCGCGAAUACAGAUACCACAGACGGGCGCACCAGUUGCGAAGGAGGUCUCGCCAGCGGCGCCGUCUGGCGGUACCACAGGUACUACUGGCACCUCUGCUUCAAAGCUGGUCAAGCGCCACGUGGAUGGUGGCAGCUACGAGUGGGACUGGCGGUGA